AUGAGGUUUAAGAGCUGCGCUGUUCUUGCGGUAGCGAAGCUUUUCACCGUCAAUGAGUCCGAUGUAGUGCAAGUCAAUCACAUACCCGAGAAAGAAGCACUCACGUUUGACUUGGAAUUACAACCAAUAUUUUCCCUUCCUGUCGAUCCGGUUGGGACCAUUCGCUACGAUCCUUUGGAAGGAGUGCACUUCGACCAAGACACCACCACUACAUCUUCCAGUACUGCUAGAAUGUCGAAUUCACUCAUUUCGCAGCAUCCAAGAGAAGUGCAAGUGAAUGCCGAGCAGUCCUCUGAUACCAAAAUUUCACAGGCUGAUUUUUGGAAGGAAAAUGCGGAUGGUGCAACCUUUAUCAACACAACUUGUUCCAGUAAAAUUAAUAGUCUGCCAAAAGACAACGCACCACAAUGGAGUACUGUGUUUGUCGGACAUACAUCGCCAGUGAGGCAAAACGCCUACUACUCCCUGGUUUCACCCAGACAGUUGCAUCCCUACCAGCACGGAGAAACCUUUGUUAAUGCUCAUGUUGAAGCGUGUUUCGUUUCCUCCAGCUCCCAAUCGACGUCGGAAUUGCCGCUGAACUCCAUGUACGACUCCAUCCAUAAUCCAUCCGUCACUACCGUACUUGUAGUCAGCACACCCUAUUCUGUAGAUACAACAGCAGGAAACACUGGCGUUUACGGAAAUACCCAUACUGCCACUGGAUUACUGUUUCCAUCUGUGAUGUUCCAUCCCCAGCCACCAACGUUCCUGCCUCAGAAAUACCCAUGCAUUAAUCCCGUUCCAGACUUCUCUUCCAUUACCACGAACGUUAAUCGACUGUCACUGGAUAUUUCUCCAGAUAUCACGGUAUUACCUCUGAACUUCUGUGAAGCACUACCUGUAUAUGAUCCACCGAGAACAGAAAUAAGAGAAUUCAGUAAAACGCCUAAGAUGAACACAACGCAAGAAAAAAGAAAUACGGAUGAUGACUGCGGAACUUAUUUGUGA